ACAAAAUAAAUAAAAAUUUCAUCCUUUGAGUAAUCAAUUAAUUUCAGUUAAUUAAUUACGUAGAAUUAGAAAUUAUUGAUGGUUAAGAACUUCACAACAAAAACUAAUUCAAACUCUUGUAAUUUUACAUAUUAUUCUAGGUGUAAUAACUAAUUGAAGAGGUGAAUUAUUAAAUAAUUUGCUGAUAAAACUACGUUUUGGUUUUAAACACCAUUAAAUAGGCUCAACAUGGUUCGCAAUUACAUUCGGAAGACGAAACCUCGUUAUUCCAGGAAACAGUUGGCAAGUACAAUUAAAAAGAUAAAGGACAACGAGUUAACAUUGAAGAAAGCUUUGAAAACGACAAAAAUUAGUCGAGCCACGUUGUACCGGUAUCUUAACAGAAGGGAUUUCGCCGAUUACCGGAAACUGCCGUUGGAUUCGGAGAAAAGAAAGGAGGCGAGAAGAAUGGCCAAAUAUCGAGAACGACAUCCCGACCGGAUGAGUGAUAGUUCGUCCGAUUCAGAAAUAACGGGGAGUGAAAAUAGCGAAGAUGAAAAUGAUGAUGUUGAUGACGAUGAUGAUGAAGCUCCAAGAAAAAUCCGCUUCGUACCGUUAAAGGUGACGAAGACGGUGGAGAAGGCGAGGUCAAAAUUACGAAAGCGAGAAAUCGCCACGGACGACACGGAGGAAAAGGAUUGGAAACUUGUUGUGAAAGUGGAACGACUUCCCGAUUCGGAAAUCGAAGCAAAAAGGAAACGGUCCAGAAAAUAAGUAUGUAUGCAGAUAUGUCAAGGUUGAAGUUUUGUAGACAGUUUCCAGGAAUUUUAUUAGUUAUUUAGCUCUUUUGAAUUUAUUUUGAAGUUAUGGAAUAAUCUUGAUGUUUUCUAUUUAUGUGGGAGGCAAUAGUUUAGUUUUAGAAAGUUUUGGUGACAUAUUAUUUCACAAAGUGAGACAAAAUUGGAUUCAUUUCCGUAUUUGUUAUAGAUAUAUGCCUGCAUUGCAUUGUAUAUGUAUUUAAGCUGCAUUCUAAGUAGCUUAAUUUUCCUAGUUAAAAAUGUUUGAUUCUUAAACAUUCAUAAAUACUUCGCAAUGUAGCCUAAUUUAAUGUGCAAUGAUUAUUUUUGUAAGCUUAUCCUUGUAAGUCUAAAUAUUUUCAUUAUAACGUUUCCUAAAAAUAUCUAUUAAUGUAAAGACGAAAAAUGCAGGACACGCAAUAGGAACAAAAGGUCUAUCCAUAAUUAGCAUGGAUAUACAAUAUACAUAUACCUAUCUUUAUGCACGUAUUACAUCAUUAACUGUUUGGGUUUGAUAUUUAAAAAGCACCCGUCUGAAAAUUAAUUCAAUUUCACAUUCACGGAAUGAAUUAUGUAUUUAUUUUUGUGCCUAAUUUUAUGUCACAAAGAAAUUAUUAAAGUUAAAGUAAAGUUUUCGUAAUUAUA